AUGAAAGGCGAACCAAUGGUGAUGAACGGCGGUUAUGGUGGCGGCAACAAUGACCGGGAACAGGACACUUGUUUCCGGUGCGUGAAAAUCAUCCUGAUCGUUUUCCAUUCGCUGGCCCUGAUUGGUCUGGUCAUACUUGCGGUCAUAUUUUUUGUCGCACUAAUCGCUAUCUCUAACGCUAACGAUAAACAUAAGACAAAGUACGAUGACUACAACUAUCCGACAAACACCGGUACCGACAAUACACCGAACAACGACCAAAUGAAAACGAUGGGCACCUUUAUGGGUAUAUUCGUGUCGCUGGCCCUCAUCUUUGAGAUCAUUGUGCUAAUAGGCAUUAUCAAGGAGAACAAAACGGUCGUGUUUGUCUACCUGGUGCUGGGCAUCAUCGGCACCAUACAGAAUAUGAUGUAUGGCGUGGCCACCGGUCUGUUGAGCACCGUUAUGGUCGCACUCACCGCCUAUUUUGCGUAUAUGAUUGUCAAACGCGACCGACAGAUGGUUUAAAACAACGAGUUUGUGUUGUCUAUGAUUAUUAUGUGUUAUUGCAGCUAGUUUACAAUUUACAUGUAUUUUUGUUUUGUGGGAU